CAAGAGGAGUGAAUCACAGCAGAGAUGAUGUCAGGUCUUAUAUUUUUGCUAUUGUACUUCACUGUCUGUCUGGUGACUUCCACUAUUACAACAUCCACGAUUUCUAAUGAAACCACCCCAGUUCCACAGCCCACCAGUGAAACUACUCCGACUAACACAUCUUCAUUGACACUCAACUUUACUGCACGGUCCGGCAGUUUGAACGAGACCACCACUGUGACACAACCCACCAGUUCAGCCUCCAGUGGAGCUGCUCUCUCCAACACAUCUUCAUUGACAAUCAACUUUACUGCAUGGUCCGGCAGUUUGAACGAGACCACCACUGUGACACAACCCACCAGUUCAGCCUCCAGUGGAGCUGCUCUCUCCAACACGUCUUCAUUGACUCCCACCAAUACUACAACACCCAGAAGUUCCACGAAUGAGACCACCACAGCUCCACAGCCCACCAGAUCAGGCUCCAGCGACACUACUCCGACUAACACACCUUCAUUGACACUCAACUUUACUGCACGGUCCGGCAGUUUGAACGAGACCACCACUGUGACACAACCCACCAGUUCAGCCUCCAGUGGAGCUGCUCUCUCCAACACAUCUUCAUUGACAAUCAACUUUACUGCACAGUCCACCAGUUUGAACGAGACCACCACUGUGACACAACCCACCAGUUCAGCCUCCAGUGGAGCUGCUCUCCCUAACACAUCUUCAUUGACACUCAACUUUACUACACGGUCCACCAGUUCGAACGAGACCACCAACGUGACACAACCCACCAGUUCAGCCUCCAGUGGAGCUGUUCUCUUUAACACGUCUUCAUUGACACUCAACUUUACUGCACGGUCCACCAGUUCGAACGAGACCACCACUGUGACACAACCCACCAGUUCAGCCUCCAGUGGAGCUGUUCUCUUUAACACGUCUUCAUUGACUCUCGUUGUUACUACACAGUCCAGAAACUCCAAUGAGACCACUGCAGUCACACAACCCACCAGUUCACCCUCCAGUGGAGCUGCUCUCUCUGCAUUGACUCCCAACUUCACUGCACAGUCCAACAGUUCCAGCAAGACCACCACUGUUACACAACCCACCAGUUCAGCCUCCAGUGGAACUGCUCUCUCUAACAAAGCUUCAUUGACUCCCACCUUUACUACUCAGUCCUCCACUUCCAGCGAGACCACCACAGUAACACAACCCACCCGUUCAGCCUCCAGUGGAACUACUGUCUCUACCAUAGCUUCAUCGACUCCCACCUCUACUACACAGUCCACCAGUUCCAGCAAGACCACCACAGUUUCACCAAGUUACAACUCAGCCUCAAGUGGAAAUACUGUCUCUAAGAUAGCUUCAUAUGGAGCUUCCUCAGAGAGCACUCGCAGUAACUCUGGUACAAUUUCCUCUGCCUCCACAAAACCACCAGGUCUCAACCAAAUAGCUGCAGUUUCCUCCAGCAAGGAUCAACUUCAGGAUGCAUUAAAACUCUACAAUGUUUUGUUUGUGCUCUAUUAUAUUCUAUAAUGGAUAUUAUAGCAACAUAACAGCUCAGUGUUCAGUAGUACUCCAACUUAAGUGUAUAAGAUAACACAACUUAAAAAUCAGGGUCUGGUGUUGUCAGUGUGACCCUGAAGUAGAAUUUGGACUACAGCCUAAUGAUAAAUGUGGUGGUGUGAUAUGUAUUUAUAUGUACCGGUCAGUAAGAAGGGUUGUAGAUAUAACUUUUUUUUUUUUUUUUUUUUUUUUUUUUUAAUUAGCAAAAACUUGCCAGAUAUCUCGUGUUCAACUGUCUCCAUCAUAACUAACUUCUAGGUAAAUUCUGAGGAAUAUAUGACAGUAGCAGAUGAUUUCAGCCUUUUUUUUUUCAGAUUUUAUUUUUUUUUGGGCAGACUGAUGUAGCUGUCCUAUAAACUGAUGGAGUUACUCACCAUGUUAGUUGUUUGAUUUAAUUGCUGUGUUUAUUAUUCUAUUCUAAAGUAUUCAUGCACAAAUUUGUAGUAUGUAAUCUACAGUUUACAACUUGGCUGUGUACGGUUUGCAAUUCCUACAAUCAUUUUAGUACAGAGUUCUCUUUCAAAACUCCUCGCAGCACAACUCUGUUUGGGGGUAAAAUCCAUGCAGGGUUUUUUUCCAUGCUUGGAUACAGUGCACUGUGGCAUUGGCAUAGAGUAAGACAAAGGGGAGGCCGUGAUUCCACCACAAUACGCUUUAUUAAACACUACAGCAGAAAGGCACAUCAUAGCGCUGAACCCGCAUGAGGGGUCACCACCAGCCCCAGGCUUCACUGUCAUGGUAGACCAACAAUCACACCCCACUGCUACAUAGCCCCCCUUUUAAAGGUGAAGGUAACCCACAAACUCGAGCCAAGUCCCUGGGUGUGCACAUUCCCAACCAAUGCCAUGGUCCUCGUUAAGAGCAUCUCCUGCACAGCUGGGGGUGACGGCAGCAACAGCAGCUCUCCACCCAGCCGUCUUUCAUUCUCUUCGCUGCCCACCAUUAUAUAUACUCAGUACUGGACCCUCUUUCCUGCUUCUUCAAUAAUAUUUGGCUCAGUUUGUUCAGUUUUUUGUAGCUGUAGACUAGGCCUGGGUGAUAUCUUUUAAAAAAUAAUAAAAUAAAAAUUGGCAA